AUGCCGCUCUUUCAGCCGGAGCGUGUAGCUGUGAUUGGGGGCGGCUGCACGGGAGUCACCUCCUUCUGGGCUCUGCAGAAUUCCUCGCAUGAUGUUCAUCUAUUCGAAGCCUCAGCCGCUCUUGGUGGGCGUGUCAAGACUCUGCCUUUUGAGCAUAACAGCAAUCGAGUUGAUGUGAACACCGAUUCGCCCACUUUCAAUGCUGAGGCUUCUCCCAACCUGGUUUCAUUGUUACACUACCUUGGAAUUACCACCGUCAAAACUCCGUUAACCUUCGGGGCCACAGAUGGCGUCAACAGCUUCCAGUGGUAUGGUAGCAUGCUAAAAAGCAUUCUUCUUCGUCCAUGGAUCUUAUGCAAUAUAGAGACCUAUCGCAUCCUGUCGGAUGUUAUCUGGCUCAAGUAUUUGGCCUUGGAUGUACUUGAUACUGGUCAUCAGCCUUGUAAACCCAACGACACUCAGCGGUGGUUAUCUACGCAUGAGUAUCUAUCAAGCGAAGGAUACUCUAACAUUUUCCUUGAGAACUAUCUCGCUCCACUACUGUCCAUGCUAUGGAGCACGAAUGCGGGAAGGUUCCUGUCACGACUGCCUGCGAAAGCCCUCGUUCGGUGUCUCUUUGACCACCAGUUGCUGAAACCCCAUCAAGCGUCCCCGGACUGGCGUUGUAUUAGACCAGGGGCGAGUCAGCUCGUUCAGACUAUGUCCAUGAAUUUUCCUGGCUCAAAGGUGCACCUCAAGACCAAAGUGCUAGAGGUAAUUCAAUGUGGGAAGAAGUAUGGUAUCAUGACGUCCGACGGUCAAGAGAUGUUCUUCAAUCAUAUUAUAUUCGCCGUGGACGGUCAGGAGACCAUCAAGAUUCUUGGAUCACACGCCACUGCAGAAGAAAAGGAGAUCAUCCCAAAAUUGGGAUCUACCAGAAACAUCUCAGUUCUACAUUCAGAUACUCUCCUCAUGCCCGACGCCGAGUACCCAGGGCCCUCCUGCAACUACAUCAUCGGGCCCAGUAACCACCCAUCAUCACACAUCUCCAGCCUCGGCUACAUCGCGAACUUCCUUGAAAGUAUCCCAACCCACAUCUACGGUCCCAUAUACAUCACCCUAAACCCCUUCACCCCACCACACCCUAGCCACGUGCAAGGCGUAUGGGAAUUCACCGACCCAGAGCCCAGUGCUCAAACACUUGUCGCGCAAAAUCGCCUUCCCUCCAUCCAGAACAAACACGGUCUAAGCUAUGGCUUCUACUGGACAGGUCGCGGACACCUAGAGGAUGCCGUCACCGCGGGCCUUAGAAUCGCUAUAGAAGACCUAGGCGCCAAAGUCCCAUUCCACGUGCAGUAUCACCAAGACCCGCUGGAGGCAGCCAGCUCAGCAUCUCCAAGACUUCGCUUAAAGGAUAAUCUGAUUCGAACCGUGCUCCGUUUGAUUCGCGUCUAUAUCCUCAUCUUGAGACUCAUCCUGGUCUUGUUGAGUGCUUUACCGAAUCCAGCUGCGAGAGUCAAAGCUCGUUUUAGACCAAUAUGUAACAAGACUGGUGCGACGAAGGCAUCUUAAACUACCUACCAGAAGGCGUCGUGUGAAGGUGGGCAGAUAUGUCGUCAUUUAUUAGAUAUCAAGAGAGAGAUUUACAUGGAGUAAAUGAAGAUGGGAAGCGAAGAUCCGAAUACUAGUUGACAUUAACGUAAAAUAGCUCAUUCAUAGAAAAAAAAAGCAAUCGCUCUUUCCCAGUUU